AUGGCUUCCGACACAGCUUCCGAGCCGCGGCAAGCGACCCGCGAGGAGAUGCGGGAUGCCCGCCUCCCCAUCGCCUACAGAGACAGCUGCGCCCACCUCCUGAUCCCGCUCAACAAGUGCCGGAGGGACACGUGGUACGCGCCGUGGAAGUGCGGCGACGAGAGGCAUUCGUACGAAAAGUGCCAAUACGUCGAGUUCAAGAAGCGGGUGGCCAAGAUGAACGAGCUGCGGGAGGCCAAGGGCGGCGAGAGGAGCAACUGA